AUGUCCAAAUCACGCCGUCACGGCAGUCUCUCAGCGCGAACCGCCAGCGAGCUUUCUGUCAUUCCGGAGUCCUCCGUCGUGUCUACAUCUGCUCAUUCAAUAUUACCGGUCUCGUCUGCUCCAGCACCCCAGGCAUACUCAUAUCCACACCAACGAAGCCCUUCUCCCCCCGCUUCGAGCUAUUUCCCGUCUGUGUCCACUAUACAGAGUGGUGAACCACAACCUACACCAGGUGCUGCUACCCACUUUGCGUAUAGCACAACCCUUAGGAGACAUCAUCUUGAAGGCCCUAUUCUUCAUCCGGAUUUCAGUGGCAUUACUUCUAGCGAGGGACUACCAUCACUCUGGCAAAAGCUGGGAGAGCGGGUCAGCCAGCACUCGAGACUUCGAGAGGAUCGAGACAAAAGGGACACUCCUUCUGCACGUUUUGCUCAUUGGACAAUUGAGGACACUCUAGCACACUUCAAAACGUCAGCAGUCUCUGGUCUUCCUAGUUCGUCAAUUCUAGCGCUGCAAGAUGUCCAUGGAUACAAUGAAUUCUCCGUAUCCAUGCCUGAGCCAGCUCUACUCAAGUUUGCUAAGACCAUUUACGAGAGCCCGCUCAUCCUACUCCUAUGUGGCAGCGCUGUGAUUAGUGCGGUCAUGGGAAACGUCGAUGAUGCAGUCAGUAUCACGGUGGCAGUGCUAAUAGUAUUGACUGUUGGCUUUGUGCAGGAACAGCGCUCGGAAAAAAGCCUGGAAGCGCUUAACAAGCUCGUGCCACACCACUGCCACGUGAUUCGUGAUCAAUGUGAUAUUCACAUUCUGGCCAAUGAGCUGGUUCCCGGGGAUAUUGUUGCGCUCUCAUCGGGAGACCGUGUUCCCGCGGACAUGCGUAUCAUCAAGGCAGUAGACCUCGAAAUUGACGAGAGUAGUCUCACUGGUGAGACCAAUGCACGUCGAAAGGAUUCAGAUCCUUGCGUCUCUCAAGUUUCUACGUCCACAACUGCUUCGGGUAGCCCAGAGGACUUGGGAGAUAUCGCGUUAGCUGAACGGUCAUGCAUUGGAUACAUGGGAACUUUGGUUCGGAACGGUCGUGGCAUGGGUGUCGUGAUCGCGACUGGUACUCAAACAGAGUUUGGUGUGAUCUUUUCCAUGAUGCAAGAUGUCGAGGAAAAACGUACACCUCUUCAAUUAAGCAUGGAUGAGCUAGCCAAGAAGUUGUCGAUUUUAUCCUUCGGCAUUAUUGGGGUCAUUUGCCUCAUCGGCAUGUGGCAGCAACGGCCCUGGCUGGACAUGUUUACCAUUGGAGUAUCUCUUGCGGUAGCAGCUAUUCCAGAGGGCCUCCCUAUCGUCACGACUGUCACAUUAGCUCUUGGCGUGUUGAGGAUGUCGAAGAGAAAGGCCAUCGUAAAAAAACUUCAUUCUGUCGAAGCCCUGGGCUGUAUUUCUGUCAUUUGCUCUGACAAGACCGGCACCUUGACAAAGAAUGAACAAACAGUCACAGAGAUAUAUGUCGUUGAUGAGAAUAUUCAUGUUGAUGACCCUCGGCCAACAAUAUCUACAGCAGUUAGGAAGCUUCUGGAAAUCGGCUCUUUGUGCAACAAUUCUUCGAUGUCCAAGGAUGGCGAGGGCAAAUACGUUGGACAAUCGACCGACGUGGCGUUGAUGAAUGUUCUGUCUUCAUUCGAUAUGCCAGAUCAACGACAGUCCUUCACCCGCCUUUCGGAAAAACCAUUCAACUCGGAACAAAAGUACAUGGCCGUCAGCGGUGUUCACUCCUACUCCACAACUAUCUAUUCAGGUUCUCCUAGCGAAAUGUACUACGUCAAGGGAUCCAUUGACGCCAUCUUGGAUCGUUGCAAGUACUACUUUAUUACGGACGGCUCAACACCUACCUUAGACGCUAACACGCGCAACGUCAUACUGAACAACGCUCAAGCAACAGCAUCGCGGGGCCUUCGAGUAAUUGCCAUGGCGUAUGGAUACGGAUCUGUCGAUUCUCCACGUCAGGAUUCUACACAACCGCAGCACCGUGCCGCCCACUCGGUGUCGCGGACCCCAGUGCCUGAUGAGGACAAGACCAAUCUAGUCUUUGUUGGGUUUCAGGCCAUGUUUGAUCCCCCACGUAAGGGAGUCGCAGAUGCUAUCGGCUUGCUCCAGAACGGCGGGGUACAAGUUGUUAUGAUCACCGGGGAUGCUGAGCAGACAGCCUUGGCUAUCGCCCAAAAGCUGGGGCUCCGCGUUGGUCCUACACACGCUCACGAUAGCCAGCUCCGCAAAUAUUGCUUGACUGGAAAGGAUCUCGACCAGAUGAGCCGGUCACAGCUCAUCGAGCGGGUAGGCAGCGUGAGCGUGUUCGCGCGGACGACACCGCGACACAAAAUGUCAAUUGUCGAAGCCUUUCAAGCUCGUGGAGCUGUUGUGGCUAUGACUGGAGACGGGGUCAAUGAUGCGCCAGCGCUUAAAAUGGCAGACAUCGGUGUGUCGAUGGGGAAAAGUGGUACCGACGUUGCGAAGGAAGCCGCUGAUGCUAUCCUUGUGGAUGACAAUUUCAGUACGAUAUUACCUGCUGUCGAGGAAGGCAAAUCGAUCUUUCACAACAUCCAAAACUUCUUGUCUUUCCAGCUCAGCACUGCUGCUGCUGCAUUGACGCUCAUUACACUUAGUACCUUGCUUGGGUUCAGUAACCCGCUCAACGCCAUGCAGAUUCUUUUUAUUAAUAUUUUGAUGGACGGACCUCCAAGUCAAUCGUUAGGUGUCGACCCAGUAGAUCCAGCAGUCAUGCGAAGACCUCCACGGAAGAAAAACGAACCAAUAAUAACGAAACGCCUGUUAUAUCGCGUCCUUUUCUCGGCUGCUACCAUUGUCUGCGGAACAUCUUUUAUUUAUACCACUGCGUUGGGUGAUGAUCUUGUAUCGAGGCGGGAACAAACCAUGACUUUCACGUGCUUCGUCUUCCUUGACCUCGUGUCUGCAGUGCAGAACCGCGGUCUCGGAUGUGGCUUGAUGCAAAACAAGAUGCUCGUGACAACCGUAUCGAUAUCAUUCCUCGUCCAGCUAGCGCUCAUUUAUGUUCCCUUUAUGCAAGCGAUCUUCCAGACAGAUGCUCUUCGUUGGGAGGACAUCUUGACCAUCUUACUCAUAGCUGCAACGUCUUUCGUGCUGCAUGAGGGACGGAGGUAUUUCGAAAGAAGGAUCCAAUCAGACGAAGCAUAUGCUAACGCCGCGGAAGAGAUGGCGUGAUCUUUCUUUGAUAGGGAGGUUGAGUUAAGUUAUCUACGCAUGAAUAUAUAACAGAAUAGAGCGAUGGAUAACUAUAUUGUCUA